UUAAGUAUUUAGCUGGAAUUUUAAAAGACACUCAAAUUACCACACUUAGUCUUGGAAAUAACAAUAUAAUGGAUGAAGGGGUAAAAUAUCUUAGUAAAUCUCUAAAAAAUUCUCAAAUUACUACACUUGAUCUUAGUCAUAAUCACAUUGGAUGCAAUGGUGUUCGAUAUUUAACUCAAGUUUUAAGAGACACUCAAAUUAGCACACUUAUACUUACAGCCAACAGUAUAUUGGAUGAUGGUGUAAAAUGUCUUAGUGAUUCUCUAAAAGAUACCAAAAUUAACCAACUUAAUCUGAGUAAAAACAAAACCGGAUACGAUACAGCACAAUACUUAAAUGAGAUAUUGAUUGAUAUUAAAAUAAAAUCUCUUGAUCUUGAUAUUCAUUACACAGAAGAUGGUGAUAUUAAUAAAUGUAUAUCUCAAAGAUUAAAUGGUGACCAUAUUAUAAUUACUCUUUAUAAUAAUAAAAUAAGCGUUAUUGUUGCUCAGUAUUUAAAUAAAAUCCUUCAAAAUAAAACAAUUGCUAAACUUACAAUUGUUAGCCGUACUCGAAACUUAGAAGCGGAUGAUGCUCGAUAUUUGGUUCAAACUCUUAAAGAUACUCAAAUUACUAAACUUGAUAUGACUAGAAGCAAAAUUGGAUACGAUGCAGCUUUAUAUUUAAAUGAGAUGCUGAAUGAUACUACAAUUGUGUUUUUUCAUAUUGAUAUUCAAUACAUAGAGGAUGGCAAUGUUAAGAAGUAUAUAUCUCAAAGAUCAUAUUGUGAUUUUAAGAAAAUAAAUAUAACGCUUCAUAAUAAUAAAAUAGGCAUUAAUGGUGCUCAGUAUUUAAAUAAAAUCUGUCAAAAUAAAACAAUUGCUGAGCUUACACUUAACGAUGAAGACUUAGAAGCCGAUGAUGCACAUUAUCUAGCUCAAGCUUUCAAAGACACUGUAAUCAGAGAGUUUAAAAUGUAUUUCUGGCAUAUUAAUCAAUUUAAUGGUGUUCGAUAUUUGGUCCAAGUAUUUAAAGAUGCUCAAAUUGGUAUAUUAAAUCUGAGGGAAAAAUAUAUUGGAGCUAAAUGUGCUCAAUGUUUGGCUGAAUUUUUAAGAGAAGUUAAGGUUAUAGAUCUUAGUCUCUCUGGAAAUAGCAUUGGAGAUGAAGGCAUGGAAUAUUUAGUACCAGUAAUUAAAAAUAGUGAUAUUAUGUAUAUUGAUUUUUCAAGGAAUAAUAUAACAAAUCAAGGAGCGAAAUAUUUAUCUGAAAUUUUACGAAAUUCGAAAAUUAUUACAAUAGAUUUGCGCUAUAAUAGUAUAGGACCUGACGGUAUAAGAUAUCUAGAGAAUGUUUUGUCCUAUAGUCAAGUCAUGCAUAUUCUAAUUCUUGAAAAUUUGAGAGAGAAUUUCAAUUUAAGACUCAAUAUUAUAACAUCAGAAAAUUAUCGAAUCAGAUUUAAAAUAAUUCACAAUGUAUUUAAAAAAUUAGUGUCACUGAAUACUAAGAGUAAUGAAUUUGAAUUUACUAAAAAUCCUACAUUUAAUCCUGAUGACUAUGUUUUUUUAUUCAAAGCUUUAAAUGAAAAUCCAAAUUCUAAGGUGCAUAUUUUCGAUGGAUUGGUUAGAAAGGAUUACGAUAUGAAUACAAUGAGCAAGAUUAAUGAGUUUAUAGCAAUAAUGCCAAAGAAAUUUAAUGCAUUUCUGGAGAAUAAAUUAUUGGAUUUCAUAGGAUCAUUUGGCAAUUAUAAUUAUGUGAAUCUUGUAAAGGAAUUUGAAAAUAUGAAACUUUAUGAUAUUGUUCAAAAUUUACUGUUACACAGGGUAUUAUAUUAUGUAGAUGAAAACCAGGAAAUUUUACAUCCAUACAUUUAUAAAACGUUGAAUAAAUACAAUAUGCCUUUAUAUAAUGAACAACUUGAGCCGAGUAAAAAAGAAACAAUAAUUGCUUAUUAUCAAAAUCACCACGAAAUUGAUGGGGCACAGGAAAUUGUAGAUUUAUUAAUAUCAGAACCCUUUACAACGAACAAGCCUACACCAAAUAAACUCGUUAAGUUAACUAGUAAUAUGGAAGAUAAGUACCAUAAAUUUAAAAAUCAAGAAUUGAAAUGCGAUAAUUCACAAAUAUAA